AUGGCACCAUUCUUCGCCAACCAGAGCUGCGAUCCUUUCCAGCCUCGCAGUGCUCAAUGCGUGAUUGGCUCUUAUGUGCAGUAUGCCGUCAACGUGUCUUGUGCCCAGGACGUCUCAGCAGCUAUCAAGUUUGCCACCAAGAACAACAUUCGCUUGGUUGUCCGCAACACCGGUCACGACUAUAAUGGCAAAAGCACCGGCUCUGGCGCUCUCGGUAUCUGGCUUCACCAUCUGAAGGACAUUAGCUUCAAGGACUGGUCAGACUCGCAUUAUAAUGGAAAAGCUAUCAAGCUUGGCGCUGGCGUGCAAGGAUUCGAAGCCUAUAAUGCCGCAGAUGCUAUCGGCCUCCAGGUCGUGGGAGGUGAAUGUCCAACUGUCGGUAUUGCCGGAGGCUACACUCAAGGUGGUGGUCACAGCGCUCUUGCGUCCAAGCACGGGCUUGCUGCUGAUCAGGUCCUGGAAUGGGAGGUCAUUACUGGUACUGGCGACUACCUAGUCGCCAAUCGUCAGCAGAACUCCGAUCUUUACUGGGCCCUGUCUGGCGGCGGAGGUGGCACUUACGGCGUUGCUUUGUCGAUGACCUCGAAGGCCCACGUUGAUACUCCGACCUCUGCCAUGAAUCUCACUUUUUUGAGCACGAACACCACACAGGACAAGUACUAUGAGGCCAUCAGCACUUUUCAUUCCUCUCUGCCAGCCAUUGUCGAUGCUGGUGGGAUGAGUGUCUGGUACUUCACAAACCAGUCCUUUGCUAUAUCCCCAAUAACUGGUCCAAACAUCACCGUAUCACAGCUCAAGGUAUUACUUCAGCCUCUCAUCAGCAAACUGGAAGAGCUUGACAUUGCAUACACCAGCUACUUUGGCCAGUUCAGUGGCUACCUCAAGGAGUACCAUGCCAUGCAAGGACCCAUCGAUGUUGGGAUAGCUCAAUAUGGUGGUCGGCUCAUCCCAAGAAGUGUGGUGCAGCACAAUAACUCUGCAUUAACCGAAGCAUACCGCUUCAUCAACAACCAAGGCGCGCAAUUCAUCGGCGUCGGCAUCAACACUUCGUUCAAGACUGCUGGUGAUGUCAACAACUCAGUAAACCCUGGAUGGCGAACAGCUCUAAUCGACACCGUGAUCACUACUCCAUGGUCCUUCACAGCCCCCUGGGCAGACAUGCUUGCCAACCAGAAGCUCAUGACCAAUGUUCUGAUUCCAAAACUCGCCGAGCUCACACCGAACGGCUCAUGCUACCUCAACGAAGGAGACUUCAACCAGCCUGAUUUCCAGGACGUUUUCUACGGCGCCAACUACCAACGUCUUCUAUCGAUCAAGAACAAGUACGAUCCAAACCACAUGUUCUACGCUGUUACUGCUGUGGGGUCAGAGUAUUGGGUGCCGCAGCCGAACGCUGGACGGUUGUGCAAAGCUACCUAG